ACACUCCACUCCCCAAACCCUGCUCUCUCUUUCUCUCUCUCUCACUCACUAUAUUGUAGGCAGCGAGUGUCGGCAGGCAGCGGCAGAUCGAGCUUUCCGUUGCCCAAACCAUCUUCACACUGGUGCUGCCGCUACCGCCGCCCCAGACCCUCUACUACUUAAGCUUAAUUGAUUAGCCAUCACACAAUGCAGCCCCUCCAAUUUGGCCUAUUAUUGCUGGUCAAUUCUGCGAUGCUGUUAAUAAUUGUUACAGCUCAAAACACGCAUUGGCUUCCUGCCACAGCCACCUGGUACGGCAGCCCCGAAGGUGACGGCAGUGACGGCGGGGCAUGUGGGUACGGAUCCUUAGUGGACGUGAAGCCAUUGAGAGCGAGAGUGGGCGCAGUGAGCCCGGUGCUAUUCAAGAACGGCGAGGGUUGCGGCGCAUGUUACAAAGUCAAGUGUUUGGACAAGUCCAUCUGCUCCAGGCGAGCCGUCACCAUAAUCGUCACCGACGAGUGCCCCGGUGGCUACUGCUCAGGUGGGCGGACCCAUUUCGACCUCAGUGGCGCAGCCUUUGGCCGCAUGGCUAUUGCCGGUGAGCAUGGUCUGCUCAGAAACCGAGGCGAACUAUCCGUUCUUUACCGACGGACACCAUGUAAAUAUCCUGGGAAGCAGGUGGCCUUCCAUGUGAACGAAGGUUCAACCAACUAUUGGCUCUCACUUCUGGUAGAGUUUGAAGAUGGAGAUGGAGAUGUCGGAUCAAUGCAUAUAAGACAAGCAAGUUCUAGUGAGUGGGUAGCGAUGAGGCAUGUCUGGGGAGCAAGUUGGUGCAUCGAUGGAGGACCUUUGAGAGGGCCAUUCUCAGUGAAGAUAACCACACUAUCAACAGCUAGAAGCCUCACCGCCCGGGAUGUGAUUCCAAGCAAUUGGUCUCCCAAAGCCACUUACACCUCUCGCCUGAAUUUUUGAGCAGAAGCAGUAGCACUACUUCUGUGGUUCUGCCUAGCCUAAAAGGCAAAAGAGGCCCCAUGACGCAAAAGGAGCGGUUGUCGGGUCCUCUUUGUUUGUUCUAUUUUCUAGUUUUUUCUUUUCUUUUCUUUUCUUUUUCUAAAGAAAAGUAGCCGUUGGAUUGCAGUAUUAAUUAGCUUCCAAUGCUGGCUCUUUCUUUAAAUUGUAGCGUGGUUGUUGUACUGUUUUGUAUGUGCGUAGUUAUAGCCCCUCUCCAAAAAAGGAGAGAGAGCGCGUGCUAUCGAACGCAAUGUGUACGUGUUUUUUUUUUUUAAUAUAAUUC